UACAGUGGGAUUAGUAAACAAAUUAAUUAAUAACCAAAAGUUAUUUAAAUUGAAGUCAUGGCUGCAGCAACAAAGUCUCUCCUCUCUUUAAUUCUUCUCUUGGUUGUGUCACAUGAGACACAAAUGGCCAUGACACAGAGCAGCACCUGCUCAAGCCAGCUGAGUGACCUCAAUGUUUGUGCACCAUUUGUGGUGCCUGGUGUCAACACAAACCCUAAUGCUACAUGCUGCAAUGCCCUUCAAGCUGUGGACCGUGACUGCCUUUGCAACACCAUUAGGAUUGCUUCUCAACUCGCUUCUCAGUGUCAAAUUCCAUCCCUUGGCUGUGGUGCAAAUUAGAGCAUAUGAAGCGGAUGGUAGGAGAAUAAGGCUGAAACCCCAUCUCUGUGUUUUCUUCUAUAUUUUAGUUAUAAUGUCAUCUGGUUUCCAUGUCCUUGGAGAAACAUGCUAUACCAUGCAUGGCAA